AUGGAUUUUAUUGAAGGCCUACCCAUGAGUGAAACAAAAACUGUCAUUUUGGUAAUGGUUGAUAUAUUGACUAAGUACAUUCACUUUAUUGGUUUGCAACAUACCUAUACAACAACUAUUGUGGCUAAAGUUUUCUUAAAUCAAGUGGUCAAACUACAUGGAUUGCCUGCUUCCAUUGUGUCUAAUAGAGACAAGGUGUUCACUAGUCAUCUACCUAAGAAAUUGUUUCAGUGGAUAUUCUUAGCUAAAUGGUGGUACAACACCAGCUAUCACACCAGAUUGAAAAUGACCCCCUUUAAGGCUUUGUAUGGUUAUAACCUUCCUCACAUGGCAUUUCCAACACCAUCAGUCACUUCUGUAGUUGCAGUUGAGAGUUAUAUAAAGGAAAGAUAUGUUAUGCUUGAUGUCCUUAAGGAAACACUACAGCAAGCUCAAGCAAGAAUGAAAUUCUUUGCUGGAAAAAACAGGGUCGAUAGAGAUUUUGAAGUGGGAGAAAGGAUAUAUUUGAAAUUACAGCCUUACAGACAAGCCUCUGUAUCAUUGCGCAGGAAUGUCAAGCUCUCUGCUAGGUAUUAUGGUUGA